CCCUUUGCAACCACGUGACCACGACCACGUGACGACGCCAUGCUGGACGGCAACAUCACUGGAUGCACAGGCUAAACACAGUAGUAGAUGAGCGAGAAAUUUGAUUAGUUUUUAAAACAGUUUAACUUAGUAUAGAUAAGAUACCACUAAACUGCAUGGCUUCUACUGAAAAAGUUGUCGUGCCGUUAUCGGUCGAGGUAGGGCAUCUGCUAGGUCCUCACAAAGAGCGGUAUUUGGAGAAGUUAGAGAUCGCAGGUUUGGAUACCGACCCAUACCUUCUUCCUCCCUCAGCUUUUACGGAGCUCAUUAAAUCGCCGGAUCUGCCCGACUUCGGCCCACACGAUUUGUACCACUAUGUGGUAAACGGGGUAUCGCCAUACACGGGAGCUGAUCUCAAAGCAUUUAAAAGUCUGGAUGCUUACCAGUUCUUUGUAGCUGGCUGGGUAACAGGUACGCGAUGCUACGCUAACGGCGGGGGGAGCUACCUCAUAAUGGCAAAGGUGCAUCAUAGCCAGUCACUGUCUGAAACCCAACUUCAACCAUGGGUAUCUUUGAAGAAGGAUGGGACAGUUUUGUGUGGCCAUGUACAUGUAAAGCGGGCCUGGGAGAGGUGUGCUCCCACGUAACAGCUUUGCUGUACGCAAUAGACUCUGCUGUCAAACAUCUGGGAGACAAAAGCUGCACUGAUGGGCCCAGACAGUGGGGACUUCCUCCUUUGAAAGCAGGCAAGGCUUUGUACGAAGAAGGGUCAGGAAUUGAUUUCUCAAAUCCUGCCAAAAAGCGUUGUGGUGUAAACAACCAAAGCCAUUCAGGUUGUCCUUCUGGGAAAAGUGUGUCUGCAGCAGCUAUAGAACAAUUCUACAAGGCUCUGGAUAAUGCAACUCCAAACCCUUCUGAGAAGAGUGGUAUACUACGCAUAUUGCCGCACUACUGUAAACAGUUUCAACCAAAGGUGGUGUCUCUGGGUCUACCACAUCCCCUGACCGAGUUAUACAGUGCUCAGAACCGGAAGCUGUCUGCCUCGGACCUUGAGAAGAAAUGUGAUGCAGUAUUUAAUGAUAUGGAAGUCACACCAGAGCAGGCAGUAAGAGUUGAGGAAGAGACACGACAACAGGGAAAGUCAAGGCUAUGGUUUGACAUGAGGGCUGGUAGGGUGACGGCAUCUAGGUUCAAGUCAGCUGCAAGGACAGACCCUACAAAUCCUUCAAAAUCCCUAAUUAGGCAGAUCUGUUACCCUGACCUAUGCAGAUUUUCUACAGUUGCAACCAGAUGGGGAUGUGAACAUGAACAAAAAGCCAGAGAAACGUAUGAGGCGUACGCUGCACAACAUCAUCAAGACCUAAGUGUUCGUGAUGCCGGUCUCCACAUUGAUACCUCCCGUCCCUACCUUGGAGCAUCUCCAGAUGCCUUGGUGUCCUGCUCCUGCUGUGGCGAUGGUAUUUUGGAAAUCAAGUGCCCACACUGUGCCAAAGACACCGGAGUCCUCAGUGCCACUGAAAAGAAACAUUUCUGCAUUGAGAACACAGAUGGUACACAUGCACUUAACAGAGAUCAUCAAUACCACUACCAGGUGCAAGCCCAGUUCUUUGUUACGAGGUGGAAGUUUUGUGACUUCAUGGUGUGGUCUACAUCUGAUUUUUUCAUUCAGAGAAUUUUUCCUGAUGCUGACUUUUUUACAGAAGCAGUGCAGAAUGUCGAGUCUUUCUAUAGGUCAGCCAUUUUAUCCGAGUUAUUGGCUAAGACGUAUACAUGUCCAGAUAGACUGCUGUCAGACAAAACACAGUCCACAGAGUAG